AGAAGGUUUUCUGUAUAGAAAUUAUUCACUUUAGGUAAACAACAAUGGCCAAACGUGUAGCACAGUCUUCGCUGAACCAUAUGAACUGGAACGAAGACGAGGAGCCGGAGGAAGUUGGUGAAUUUGCAAAGGCCUCUGAAGACGUUAUAAAACAGCGCGUCAUCAAAAAAGCUCGGCGCCGCGCCGAUGGCGGACCAGAUAGUACCGGAUCCGGAUCCACACCGUCCGUGUUUGGAGGUUUUAAAGGUUUCUCGGCAGCGAAACCGGAAGAAACAGGUUCCACGACCACCGGUGGCACGAAAUCGUUCUCCUUUCUGGCCGGCUUGGGUGCAGCGAAACCAAAUGGCAACACAGCGGCCGGUUCCAGUGCUGGCGGCAGCACGAUAUCGUCCUCGACGCCCAUGUUUUCGUUUGGAUCGAACGCUGGCACUACUUUGGCCGAUUCGAGUAAGAAGUUUACGUUUGGUACACCAAGCAACUUGAAACUGGAUAGCACUCCCGCCGCGGUCGGUGAUAAACCAACAUCCGGUUUUACGUUCUCUGCCACGAAGGACAACGCAUCAGCGGAUAGGAAUAAAACAAUUUUUGGUGGCGUUAAAUCACUCUCUGGCGAAGCCGCGACACCAACGAGCACGUUUUCCUUCGGCUCGACAGCACCCAAGUCGGAUGCAACAACAUCGUCGGCCGACACGAAGAGCACGUUCACUUUUGGAUCUGCGGCGGUUGUUAAAAAAGACACGCCAUCCGAAGCGGGAACAGCUACAUUCUCAUUUGGCUCAACGCCGGCGGCCAAACCGGCGGAAUCUGCUGCCGCUAAAACGUUCACUUUCGGGUCAUCGUCGGCGAAGGAUACCGGUUCUGGUGCUACGGACAAGAAAGCCACCUUCUCAUUCGGUAUGCCCGCUGCGUCGAAGGAAACUGUGGUUGUGGACAAAAAGUCGUUCAGCUUCGGAACGGCCAAAGAAACUAGCGAAGAAACGGUGAAAAAAAUGUUCAGCUUUGCCGACACCGCCACCAAGCCGGCGGCGACAGCCGACAGUGGAGCAGAGUCUAAGAAGAAUGAUGUCCCCCUGGGAAGUCUGUCGCAAAAGAAGGACGGUGAUGGUACGGAUGGUGCGAAAAAAUCUUCCGGGUUCACCUUCGGUUCGUUGCCAGCGUCAUCACCGUCGACUUUGAAAACUGAUAGCACCGAUGCGGCGAGUAAAAAACCGGUGUUUGGUGGUUUUGGUAUCACGCCAUCCAAAGAACCGGCGGUGGCAGCUGAAGUGCCAAAGCAAACGUUUUCGUUCGGUUCACUUCCAGCAAAAGAGCCAGCGGUAGCGGAACCGAAAGCCCCGUUUGCCGGUUUUGCUGGAACCACUUUCGGCGCAAAGCCUUCGGCGACGACCGGUGCAACAAACAAAGAAACCAACACGUCCAAUGCCAAUAAGGAGUUUGAGAAGAACGUCGUCGCUCUAAAUAAAUCGUUCAUCACGUGGGUCACGAAGCAUGUGGAGGCAAAUGCGUUCUGUAAGCUGCACGUUGUAUUCAAAGACUACGAGAAACACUUUGCAAAGUUAGAAAGCGACAAAACCGCGCCACGACCCGCACCGGCCAAAGAGAAGGAAAGCACCGAAGUGGUAGCGAAAGACAAGGAGAAGGAAGUAGCCAAGCCAAUGUUCUCGUUCGGUAGCAUACCAAAAGAGUCUCCGGUCAAGCUUCCAGUUGCGGCGGCUGCCGCUACUUUUUCCUUCGGGAGCUCUAAACCGUUCAGCUUCGGUAGCCCGGGAACGGGCAUUACAUCAACGCCCUCGACCACCAAGAGCCCGACCUCGUCCGCUGCCGUGUCCACCUUUUCACCGUCUUUCUUUGCCGGUGCUUCCACUUUCGGCAGCCAACCUUCAGCGGGUGGAUUUUCCUUCGGAAAUGUAACCAAACCGGCCGCAGAUACAGGCAAGAAAGACACGGAUGAAGGAGACGGUGGCGAAGGUACCGACGAACCACCGAAGGUGGAGUUUACACCGGUUGAGGAGAAGGACAGUGUUUACUCGAAGCGUUGCAAGCUGUUCGUAAAAGCGGCUGGAACGUACUCAGAUCGGGGCGUUGGAACGGUACACAUCAAACAGGUGGACGGUAAAGUGCAGGUGCUGGUCCGCGCCGACACCAACCUGGGCAAUGUUCUGCUGAACAUCAUCCUCAACGAAUCCGUUCCGCUGCAGCGGAUGGGAAAAAAUAACGUUAUGAUGAUUUGUCUACCGACACCGGAAUCAAAGCCUCCACCGACGUCGGUUCUGCUACGAGUGAAGACGGGUCCGGAGGCGGACGAGUUGUAUGAAACGCUACUCAAGCAUAAGCCGAAAUAGGCAUAAAAAA